UCGACUAGUCGACACCAUCAUGCAAAAGUAAUUGUUUUUUGCAUAAAAAACGAAAAAUACGCAAUGAAAACGAACAAAAUUUAACCAAAAUCCAAGACGAAAUAACAACGAUAUAUAUAUUGCUAAUAGGCGAGAUAGAAAAACGAACGUAGCUAAACGAAAAAGUCACAGAAAAUUGCAAAGUAAUUCAUAGCAACAUGGAUUCAUUUUAUUGCUCUCAAGUGUGUGUGCGUGUGAAAUUUAUCCGAAAGUAUGAGAGUAUGAGUGCUUGAGAUAUGUAAGAUAUGUGUAUGGCUUAUCAUUAAAACAACAACAAUAACAACAGCAACAAGUCAAACGAGAAUAUUAGAACAUCACCCCAUAACAGCUCAAUACCAUCAUAAGCAGAAGCUACAAAAAACAAAACAAAAAAGAGAAAUCCCCCACCCCCCGCCACCUGAGAACGAUAUUUGAAGACAAGACAAAGAGAAGGUGGUACAUAAAGAAGAACAAUAACAACAAUAUAAAGGUUUUAGACAAACGCAUGGUGUCAACUUUACUUUAAAUUACAACAAUAAAAAAGACACUAAGCUGCACAAGGCAGCAGCAGCAGUAGCAACAGCAAUAAAGCCUAGAGUAGCUGCUUCAACAAAUAACAACAAACAAAUUUCGAAAAAGUGUUGAGUAAAACACAACAAUAGCCAACACAACGAACAAAACUCUCUUGAAACUCUUCCAUAAUAUAAACAACAACACCCCAUCAUCAACGGUAGCAGUAGCAGCAGCAGCAGCCACUACUUAAAAGGCCCCUCAAAGUUGUUUGGCCAUAACAGCAAUAGGCAACAUUGUCUGGAAGUGCUGAAGAAGUGAAAUUGCACUCCACACUCAAUACCAACGAGUGGCUAACAACACUGUAGACUUUGCUUUUGAAUGUUGGCCUGGUCUUGAGAACAAAUGCUUAUAUGAUUUUGUUUUUAGUGGGUUUUUGUCUGAUUUCAGCAUCACCACCACCACCACCAACACAGCCAGCAUCAGCAUUUAAUGCCUGCACGUCAUUAUAACGCCACACAAAUGAUCGCAAUUAGCGAAGAACAACAAACAGAUAAUAAUGCCUCUACAUCCACCACAACAACUAACAGUAAUAACGCCUACAACACCUUCGCCACUACAACAGCUGCUGCCAUUAAUGCAGCAGCAGCACCACCACCAACAACAACAUCAACCGUAUCACAGCAUCAACAUAGCAAAACAGCCACCAUAACCUCAGCAAAUGGUCAUAAGUCAUCCACAGCAUCACAGCCAUACCAACACCAACUUCAUCAUCAUCAUUCGCAGCAGCAGCAGCAACAACAACAACAACAACAACAAACAAAUAAACAAAUCAAGCCUUACAAUGGUUUUAAUGCAAAACUCAUGGCGGCCUCUUCAACUUCUUCGGGGACUACAGAUCUUGGUAAUACUACCAAUGGUAGCAGCACCAUGAUUGUUACCGCCACCACCACCACCACAGUUUCUUCCACACAAAUCGAUUCGGCCAUAGUUACCACACAAAGUGGCACUGGAGUUGAUGUUGAAGUGCCCGAAGGUAGCCUAUGGACUGCUCUGUAUGAUUAUGAGGCCCAAGGUGAAGAUGAGCUCAGCCUUGAAAGGGGCCAGGUGGUAUUGGUGCUGUCAAUGGAUCCAAAUACAUCAGGCGAUGAGGGUUGGUGGAUUGGUAAAAUUGGCGAUAAGGUGGGAAUAUUUCCCAGUAAUUUUGUUACAAAUCAUGAUCCUAUGAUGAUAAAUGUGCCUUCAGCUAUCGGUGAUAUUCAGCCACAUGAAAUUGAAUAUGAAGAACUGGAUAUUGAAGAAGUGAUAGGAGUUGGUGGUUUUUGUAAAGUCCAUCGUGGCUAUUAUCGCAAUGAAGAGGUGGCCAUUAAGGCGGCGCGACAAACCGCCGAUGAAGAUAUGGAGACCAUGCGUGAUAGUGUUAUGCAAGAGGCCAAAUUGUUUUGGGCUUUGAAACAUGAAAAUAUUGUGGCAUUGAGAGGAGUGUGUCUGAAACCGCCUAAACUAUGUUUGGUCAUGGAAUAUGCCAGAGGUGGGAGUUUAAAUCGUGUGCUGGCUGGUCGUAAGAUACCACCCGAUGUCUUGGUUAAUUGGGCCAUACAAAUAGCAAGGGGCAUGAAUUAUUUACAUAAUGAAGCUCCCAUAUCGGUGAUACACAGAGACUUGAAAAGUUCUAAUGUUCUAAUAUUUGAAGCCAUAGAAGGUGACAAUUUGCACAAGAAAACUUUAAAAAUUACAGAUUUUGGUUUAGCCAGAGAACUUUAUAAUACCACGCGUAUGUCGGCGGCAGGCACUUAUGCCUGGAUGCCUCCAGAGGUCAUAAGUCGUGGAACAUAUUCCAAAUCCUCAGAUGUUUGGAGUUAUGGUGUUUUACUAUGGGAACUUAUUACCGGGGAAACACCCUACAAAGGUUUCGAUUCAUUGUCUGUGGCCUAUGGUGUUGCAGUCAAUACCUUGACUUUGCCUAUACCAAAAACGUGUCCUGAAGCUUGGGGAAAAUUAAUGAAAAGUUGCUGGGAAGGUGAUCCUCAUAAUCGCCCUGGUUUCAAGGAUAUUCUUAUGAAAUUGGAGGACAUAGCUCGCUCUGGUUUUACUUCAACACCACAAGAAUCAUUUCAUACCAUGCAAGAUGGUUGGAAAAAAGAAAUUGCUGAAGUUCUCCAUGAAUUGCGUUUAAAAGAAAAGGAAUUGCGCAAUAAAGAGGAACAACUGAAACUCAUACAAAUGCAACAACAUGAACAGGCCAACAAUUUAAAGAUUUUCGAACAACAAUUACGUGUCCGUGAGCUGGAACUAAUGGGACGUGAAUUGAUAAUAUUGCAGACAAUACCAAAACCAAAUAAACGACGUAACAAAAUAAAAUUCAAACCCAAAAAAGAUCCCGUGAUAUCUUUACCAACCGGUUUUCGUCAUAAGAUAACAACAAUACGGGAUCAAACCUGUGGUGUACCCACACCACCGGGAUCACCAGCGAUAUCGGGUUUGAGAAUAGUGGCAGUGAGUCCCGAUGGUUUUAAAGGUAAAACCUGGGGUCCAUCCACAGUGCAUCAACGAGAACGAACACAUUUGAACACCACUCUGCAGGCAACGGAGUGGCAUGCAAAUGUCACCACCAUAAGUAAGAGUGCGCCCAAUUUAGAUAAGAGAACAAUACGACAUCAACGUGAAUUAGCAGCGUCCUCAACGACGCCUUCCUCUCCCAAUGGCAACAACAACAAUAUGAAUGGCUUUAACAUUAAUAAGAAUGCAACAACAACAACGCCGCAAGGCUACAGUUCCAAGGAUGAUUGGUGUUCCCCCAUACACACUUUGUCCGGCGGUGGUCCAAAUCUUCCUAUAAUGUCUCCAAAUCCUUAUUUACUAAGUCGUUUCACUUCCAAUAUACCCAUGCCCACUCUGUAUGCCGGCGAUGCCAUACGCAAGCCCAAGCUUUCCGUUAUAGAAGUCUUGCUCUACAAUAUGGCUGCCCUUUUGGCCGGUGUGGCUGCUGGCUAUGAUGUGCGCAUGUCUAACGUUUCACCAUUUCAUCCAACAUUGUUGAGUGAUGUACCCGCCUUGAAAGCAGCACCCAUAGAAAUGGAACUGCCCAAAGUAACGGCAACCGAUGAUCGCAGAUUUGCCGCGAAUACUUAUCAUGGGACUGGUAAUCGUAAUAGAACGGCGCUGAGCUCUCUAACCUAUGAGCCCUCUGAGGCCCCAGGUUCCCCCAGACGACAUGGUGGCUCUGGCACUGUAACUGACUCCCCACUGGCGCAACAAAAGCAAAAACAAUCCUACGCAGCAACAGAUUCACCUACACCCUAUCACAAAUACAAUACACCAUUGGGUCUAUCCAGUCAUGCCAUUUCGGCAACACCCUCAUCGGCGGCUCAACAUCAUCAGCUUCAUCAUCACCAUGGGAAGAGUGUCACCCAACCACCUACACCACAACAUUAUGCACAACAACUGCAACAAAUUCGUAAAAUGCCCUCAACUAUAUCGACGACUACAACAAGUGGUCUGGGAUCGAAUUUUACCAACAAUACAUCGGGUAUAUUGUCUUCCUCGUUGGGUAGCCAUACACAACCGCCAACACCUUCACCGCGUAGAAAAAUCAGCACUUCUUCGUUUACAGAAAAUCUGGAGUAUUCUGAACAAGAAGAUAAUUUGCCCCUAGAAAAGUCAUUUCGCGACUUUCGUUUGGGCGGCCAAGUGGAUAUAACAGGCGGUGGUGGAACACAACAGUCAAUGUUUAAACCCAAAGAUUUUCUAAGAAAUGGACCAAGUUUUUCCAAUGAUGGUGGUGCUUAUGGUGCUGGAGCGCAUAGGGCAGGGUAUUUGGGUUCCAAUUAUUUUCCCUAUCGCCCCGAGCAUCAAAUGACCUAUGAACGUGAUUGUAAAUCCUAUCCCGACUAUUCGUAUGACUAUAAUCAUCGUUUGCCCAAUUAUUAUGAUUACAAUUAUGAACCACAACCACCACCACCUCCUGCACCGCAACAACAUCAUGCCUCUCCACCGGUGGUAAGAACUCCUCCACCCCGGGUACCUCAAAUGGGGGUGACAGCAGCUGGUCAUCGUCGCACUCCUUCGACAAUAUCUAAUAAUUCCAAUUACAAUCAAGGCUAUGCCAUAGACUAUGACGAGACCACCACCCAUCCCUAUGAAUACAAUAAUAUGGCUGCUCUUCCACACGCCGACUAUGGACCCUAUCGAGAUCCUGCCUUGCCCACAGGUGUGGUACCGCCACCCAGCAAACAGGAACUGUAUAAAAGCUCCCCCAAGCCUUCACAUCGUUUUAUGACAAAUAAUCGCAGUGACAUUUCUUCGCUCAAUCGCAUGAGAGACUAUGAAAAUCUUCCAUUUAAUACAAGUCCCCUGCACAAGCCUCUCUAUCAGUAUAGGGAUAGCGGUGGCGGUGGUGGAGGGGCUUCUUCGUUGCAUCAUACGCCGCAGCGCACAAUUUACACUAGGUCACGUUCCACGCCCAUGUCUCCCAUCAAUAUGAAGACUUCUCCUCCCUCACCGGCGCCCACAGCGCCCAAAACGAAAUCAUCUCACGCCACUGCUGCUUCACGCAUAAUACCUGAAAGACCCGAUAGUUUGCCCUUCGAUCAAAACAAUUUGGCAUUUAUGACAGGGGUGGGCACUAAACUACGUUCCUCAUUGAAAAAGUACAAUAACUAUAAGACACCUAACGGUGCUCCGCUCAAUGGUUCGGCAGCAAUACCCACAAAUAGUAGUGCAGGAGGUACAGCCGGUAGUACGCCCACAAAUCCCACACCACCCGAUUCGUUGACCAGUGAUGAUAGUUCGUAUUUAAGUGCCAAAGAAGGAUCGAUAUCAUCACACAGUCGCGUACGCUUCAGUCCCGAUGCCUAUGCAGAUGCCAUAAGUCCUGGAACGGCGGCAGCGGCAACAAAUGCCAGUCAAAAAUCGUUGGCUCUCUACGCCAGACGUUUGUCACGGCUCAAUACGGCGGAUAUUACCGGUUCAACAACAUCACCGUCAUCCUAGCAGGGUUUUGCUAAUUUGAGAGUUCAAUUGGCUCGUAGCCCUGGUGCACGUUCAAGUACAUGGUCUUUAAAUAACUAUGGACAGCCUGGACUUACCUCACCGUCGGCGAGUAAUCAGCAGUUGCCGUAUCGUUGGUACUCGGGUGCAAGGAGAUCGCGUUCAGCCCAAUAUGAGUAUCAAAUGUAGGCACAAAUACCCCUACCACCCCCAUGUGUAUAUCAUUAGUAAGUAAUUAAGCGAAUGAAACAAACAUUCCCUUUGAAGCCUAUCGACUCUCAUUGAUGGGCAUCAUUUUUUUUUCUAACAUCAUCUUGCCAUAACUUCAACUAUCAGGUUUCUAAGUAAAAAUAUAGACUAGCAAACGGACAGAUGGACAGACAUACAAAGAAAAAUCAUGCCUAGCACAAAAUUACCAUUGCCCCGAUUAAAUCAAAUUUCGACCCCAUUUUUUCUCAUUUCAGAAAUCAGAGAAAAGGUCUCUUAGUCUGAUUAUUUUAUUUUGUUUUGUUUUUAAGCCCUUAUUUAUAUUAAAUUUCGCAUGGAUUUUAGACAGGAUAUUUAUUAAAAAUGGAGUUCCUUAUAGUGCUCUCUUAUCCCUUCAGUUUCCCUCACGUGAACAAUGACUACCAGCGACUAAAAGCUAGAGUGACUCCACAAAUUGAAAAAUAUCCAUAGCAAAUAUCGACUUAUGCCCAUGUAGGAAAAAACAGAAAUGUUUUACCAAAAAACUUGGAAAAUUACCACGAAAACAUUGGGAAAAGUCCGCAAUUUCAACGAAAUCGUUAAAAAAUUGGCUUUUUAUGGUUCAAGGCCGUCAAUCGGGAAAUUGAUCUAUAGGAGAUAUGGUUAGGAUCCUAAUACAACUCACUGUAUCAAAUUUCUGCAAAAUUGGGUAAUAAACACGCUUUUUACGAGCGCAUUGGUCAAUAUGACAGCUAAAACCAAAUAUGGCACGAUCUGAACCAUAGUCGGCGAUAAUCCGCUGUUUCAUUAAAAUCUAGUAAUAAAUUCGGCUUUUAUGGGUGUAAGAGAGAUUGGACUGAUCUGCACCAUAUUCGGCACAGAUAUCGCUAUCUAUGGAAGAAAAAACUUGAAUCGGAAGAUCAGUCUUAUAUAGGGGCUAUAUCAAGAUAUGGUUCGAACCAUGGCUAUGGGUAAAAAAAAGUAUCUAUGCAAAGUUUCUGCUCAAUAUCUCUGUUUUUAAAGACUGUAGCGUGGUAGCAACAAGCAGACGGACAUACAUGACGAGAUCAUCUUCGAGUUUUAUCGGGAUGCCGUACUAACUUCAAGAAACCUCCUAACAACCUUCUAACGAAAGGUACUGACACAUUUUAAUUAUCGUCAUGAUUUUGUCUAAUAGAUGGCAAAAUCUUGGGAACCUUUUGUCUUAGGUUAAGGGUAACUCCCUUUUUUUUUGAAGUUUGCUCUAUUGACCUAUCUAGAAACAUUUAAUAAAAGUCCUUGAAAAAACCAAAUUUUGUAACAGAAACUUAAAAUGCAUGUAAAUUAGUGGCCUAUCAAAGACCCAUUUCUGCUAGGGGUCUGGAAUUUUGUACACAAUCUAGUUAACUCCUAAAUUUCAUAAAAAUAUAUAUUCAUUCAGAAAUGACGGAAUUACUUCACUUUUAAUUUACCAUCCCCCUGGAGGACGAACGGACAUUGAUAGCCCAGGGAAAUUUAUGACUACAACUUAAAAUGCUAAUAACUACUUAGCCUGCUUGCGGCGCUAUUUAUUCUAGAAUCUUUGAGUUUUGUACAUAAUCUGGUUAGGUUUAGUUUGAAUGAGUAACCCGCCAUGACACGUGAGUUCAUUCGGUUAUAACUCCUGUAAUAGUACUCUGCGACCUCUUAUCAAAGGUCAGCAGUUUCUUCGUCCUCUUUCGGUCGACGGUAGGACGAAAUUGCAUUCGUGCCACGUAUUCGAACUAAUGAACAUUGGAAAAAGGGUGACUAGUACGAAGGAGGAGAUUACUAAUUAACAUCGAAAUUUCGUAAAAAUAUCUUUAUGGGUUCAGAAAUUACCUACUUAUUUUACUUUUUUUCCCCAUCCCUCUGUGAGACGGAUGAUCGGGCAUUGAUAAACCAGAGAAAUUUAUGAUUAUUACUUAAAAUGAUUGUAAGUCCUUAGCGUGCUCGCAGCGCAAUUUAUUCUAGAAACUUUAAAUUUGUACAUAAUCUGGCUAGGUUUUGGGUUGAAUGGGUAGCCCACCAUGAAACGUGAGUUCAGUCGGCUAUAACUCUUGCACUAUUACUCAGUGGCCUCUUAUCAAAGGCCAGCAGUUCCUUCGACCUUUCUCGGUUGACGGUGGACUAGAGUUGUCUGGCAGUCCGGCAUUACAUUGCGUAUGUGCGUAUGAAAAGACUCCCACAUUGAUAGCGCCUCCUUACUGGCCAACCCCUCAGUUAUGUUCAAUAGUUCGACAAAUGGAAGUUUUACUAGUCCAGCGACAAGUUCGCUGCCGUUGGAGGAGCCCCUGGCAUAUUCGUCCGCCUUCUCGCUUCCAGGAAUACAUUCAUGCAGAGUUAAAGCAUUCCAAACGUUUCGCCACGCACUUCAACCUCACUGUCCUUGAACCCAAAAUCUUGAGGGCAGCCAUAUUGUCCACAUAAAUCCUGUGAUUCGAAGACGACAAACCACUUUCCAAAUUUUUUUAUGACUAUACUUAUGGCUCAGAGCUCUGUCGUACACUCGUCCAGACGUCUCAGCGAUAUACCAAUGUUGAGUGUUGGAAAAAGUACAGCUAAUAGACAGGGUUGUCGAGCGUGGUUAAUGUGAUAUUUAUAUCAUAGAGGCGUUUUCGCAGUAAAUUCGGUAUACGUACAACAUACCAAUGUACGGCCCUUGAAGCCUUCACAUCUAAUAUGGCUGAUGCGUAAUUCUAAAUAAAAUUACGAAACGCGUCCUAUAGUGAUUGGUGCGUGUGUUGCGAUCUCUGGCUUUCCGUUUUCAUUUGCAAAGAUCAUUGAACUCGUCUUGAAAGAGAAACAAACAGAAAUUUGGAAUUGAUUGCGGUUUCUAUGGUCUCAAGAAAUCAAAGUGGGUUAUCCGCAUUUAUGGGUCUAUAUCACUUAUAGCCCGUUCCAGAUCAUGCUUCGCAAGGUUGCUGAAAGUUGUAACGGAAGUGCCAAAUCGAAUAAAAAGUGAGGUUUCUAGGGAUUCAAGGGGACAAAAGUGGGAUUCGGUUAGCAUGGGAACUAUUUUGGUUUGAAGGCCAAUAACGAUCAUACUCGGCAUGGGUUUGGAAGACAUAACAGUUCUUGGACCAAAUUUCAGCCAAAUCGGACGUAAAAAUCGGUUCAUAUGGAAGCUAUAUCAAUUGAUAGACCGAAUUAGAUCAGGAGGUCACCGUAACGCAGAGGUUAGCAGGUCCGCCUAUCACCCUAAACGCCUGGUUUCGAAACAUUUGUGAGGUACUUUGCAUUGUAAAAACUUCUCCCCAAAAAGGCGUCGCUCUGUGGCACGUCUUUCAGACUCGGCUAUAAAAAGGAGGUGCCUUAACAUUGAACUUAAAAUUGAAUCUGACAGCACUCUUUGAUUUGUGAGAAAUUUGCCCCAAUUUCGUAAAG